GCGGCGACGAAAACAAUCGAGAGGGCAUUCCGAAUCAGAUGGACGGCGGGGGAGAAGGGAGUGGGAUACGGCUGAGCAAGAGAUUCGCCGGCGGAAAAGUAACCGGCACAGGCUUAGAGGUAGAUUACAAGACGAAAUCGGGGACAGCUUGGAGCCACAAUUUCCUGAAUCAGAAGCCAUGGCAUCCGCUUUCUUAUCCCAAUCAGCGACGCAAAUGGAUCGCCGAGCAGACCAACGCCCAGCACGAUCGCAGAGCCGAAGAAGUGGCUCGUGAGUUUGCGCAAGAGCAGGAGUUCUUCAAGCAAGCGGCUCUUAUCUCCAAGAAAGAAAGGGAGAAGAUUGAAAUGAUGAAAGCUGUGAGUUUCAUGUAUAUUCGUCCACCUGGUUAUGACCCUGAGAGUGCCAAAGCGGCAGAAUACGCGGAUGAGAAACACCAGGGUGGUCAGGGUUCUUCGAGUCAGGAUCCAAUGGCGGAUGACAAUGUUGGUUCUAUGCCAGCAGAGCCAGUAGCUGGGAGUGACCAUACAGGUCAGGAAAGGAAGAAACCACGACCUAAAGAUGUGUUUGGGCGUGCUCUUCCUACUGAAGAAGAGUUUGAUGUACUUAAAAAUGCACCAAGGCUGGAGACUGGUAUUGCUGGGAGAUCAAAGCCAUUUGGAGUUGAAGUGCGUAAUGUGAAAUGUCUGAGGUGUGGAAACUUUGGUCACCAAAGUGGUGAUCGUGAAUGUCCAUUAAAGGAUACAGUGAUGCCAAGUGAAGAACAUCGAUUGAAAAGAGAUGAUCCGUUGACUGCUAUUAUUGCACAUACAGAUCCUGGCGAGCCUCUGAAGUGGGAGUUGAAACAAAAGCCUGGUUUGAGUCCUCCUCGUGGUGGUUUUGAUCCUGAAGAUCCAAAUCAACAAAUUGUCGCUGAAGAUAUAUUUGACGAAUAUGGAGGGUUCCUUGAGGGCAGCCUCCCAUUAGAACUACUGAGGAGUAUAUCGUCUGAUAAGAAAAAGAAGUCCAAAAAGAACAAAAAACACAAGAAGCAUUCAUCUCGGACUGCUGAGGAAACUGUUGAAUCUUCCACAGGCUCAGAAGAUAGUGGAGAUAAAAGAAGAUCGAAGAAGAAGCGCAAGGAUGUUGAAAAGAAGAGCAAGAAGCAAUAUCAUUCUGACUCAUUUUCCUCUGAAGAUUCAGACUCUGAUAGGUACCGGUCAAGCAGGAGAAGGCGCAACAAGCAUUUAGAUUCAUCUGAGACAUUAAAAACUGAGGUUCACCAAGGAAAUAGCCACAGAGAAAAUCAUCCCGAGGACGAGAGGCACCAGAAACGGAAAAAGGUGGUGGAUACACCUUCUGCGUCAUCUGAUGAUUCUGAUUAUUACAGAAACCACAGUAGUAGAAAGAAAAGAUCAGAAGAUGAUUACAAAAGCCAUCAAAGGGAGAGCAAGCAACUGCGUAAUAACGAUCCUGUUCCUGAGAAAAGCCAGAGGCAUGACAGUUUGGAGUCUGGGAAGCUUCAUAGAGUUGAGAAGAAGCAGAGAUAUGAUGAGAGAAGACACGGAGAUGUGGAUUCUGAGUCUGAUAAGCGUAAUAGAUCGGAUAAGAAACCGAGAUAUGAUGAUCGUGAUUCUGGGAGACAUAACAGGAGUGAGAAGGGAAAAAAGAAGCAUGUUUAUGAUGCAUCUGAUGAUCUUGAAGGGUUUUCCGAUAGAUACAGAAGCACGAAGAAAGCAGGAUCUGGUUCGGUUAGUAGAAAGAAGAAGCAGAAGCAUGAGGUGUCAUCGGAAGAAGAAGAGUCUCGUAAGCAUCGAUACAAGCACUAAGCAAAGGAGAAACGGAGUGCACUCUGUUGUCACUGGAAUACGAGAGUUCUGUUCUGGUCUGAAUGAGAUUGUGAAUUAUGUAUGAUUGAGUUUAUCUUUAUGUGAUGUUAAUCUUUAUAGAGCUUUACGGGCAUAUUCCAAACAAUCUCAUUAGAACUUUAGAUUUCUGAUCAAAUGUUUGUUGGUUCCAAACAGUCACAUUUUUUGUUUCCUGUAUUCACAUAAAACAGCUAGAAACAUCUCAUUA